CUGUGAUAUUUCCAAUCAUGGGCGAGGAUGGAAUUAGCGCAGGCCUCAGAUGCUGUCACAUGUCCCGCGCGAUCUUCUAUUCACCUCGGUGCAUCGAUUAGGUAACGCUUAUCCUGUGCCGCCGAUCUGUCGUUGCAGAUGUCUGCUUCUUCUCCAUUGUGCAUAUUCUGUAAAAUAAUAAAGGGCGAAAUCCCUGCCCUCAAACUUGUGGAAACUGAGAAGGUGAUCUCGUUUCUCGAUAUCAAUCCCCUGGCCAAGGGACAUUCACUCGUGAUCCCGAAAUAUCACGCAGAGAAAUUUCAUGAGCUUCCAGACGAUUAUGUGAGCGAUGUACUCCCUGUCGCUAAGAAGAUCGCGGUCGCUAGUGGCCUCUCAAACUACAAUAUUCUUCAGAAUAACGGGAGGAUAGCACAUCAGGAAGUCCCCCACGUUCAUUUCCAUGUGAUCCCAAAGCCAUCCGAAUCCGAGAAUGAGGGGCUUGUUGUCGGCUGGCCUGCUCACCAGGUGCCGAACGAUCAAUUGAAACAAGUCUGGGAAGAAAUCAAGGGGAAACUGUAAAACCCCUUUGGCAUAAAAGUCUAUUUCCGCUCAACCGUAAUGAUGAAUGUAGCACUAUAAAUGUAUUUGGUAAAUACAUGGCAAGUCGCAAUGCAGCAUGGUUGCUGUUGUCAUUGUCGUUGUCAUUGCUCUGGAUAUAUAACCUGCAAACUCCGGG